GGAGAGGGAAGGGAGCUGAAAAUUCCAUAGAGAAGCGAAAAAACGUAGCAAGAGAGAAAUUACGACGUCUACAAGACACAGCAUACUAGCAGCCAAAACGAAACCAAAUCCAAAGCUGCAAAUUGUUUAUUAAAUUGUUGCUGCCUAACACAGGACCAGCAGCAGCACGAAACUAAUUCAAAAACAUUUACAGAAAGGCUGGCAACGCGAUACAGCGGCUAAAGACCAGGCUACAACAACAAAAAAAGCACCAGCGGCACCAGCAGGAAAAGUUAAAAGUGCGUGUGUUGUUGGCCAACGUGCCACUGUGUGAGUGGGUGACUGUGUGUGUGUGCGCGAGGGUAAAGAGUUGAGCGGGAGAGCGCUCAUUGAGCCCCGCUCACGCCAGUGUGGGCAACAGUUCAAGAAGUAACUCCAUUUAAUACACACAAAAUAUAUUAAAGAAAAUGUCUUCGAAUAAUCAAUCUAGCGGCGCCUGCAGCGUCGCCGCCCAGGGGGCAACAAGUGCGAGUCCAAGGGCCAACAAUGUUACGGAUUCCACAGAUACGCAACAUACUUCUGGCGGCCACAGCAACAGCAACACCACCACCAAUAAUGCCAACACGAAUGCCACCAACACCACCACGGGUAGCGCCAACACCACAACUGACAGUCCCACGCACAAGAUACACGGUCACGGCCAAGCAGCGGUUAACACCAAGCAGCGUGUUGUCGACAGCGUGCCAUUCCCACCCAGCCAUAAGCUGACUAUCUCAGAAGUGUUUGAUGCUCGCACCGGUAAGCCCAACCACGAAGUACUCAAGCAGCACUUUAUACUCGAAGGCCGCAUCGAAGAGGCGCCAGCAUUGCGCAUCAUUCAAGAGGGCGCCGCCCUAUUGCGCCAAGAGAAGACCAUGAUUGACAUUGAGGCGCCGGUGACAGUCUGCGGUGAUAUCCAUGGCCAGUUUUACGAUCUCAUGAAGCUAUUCGAGGUGGGCGGCUCGCCGGCUACGACAAAGUAUCUGUUUCUGGGUGACUAUGUGGACCGAGGCUACUUCAGCAUCGAGUGCGUGCUGUAUCUGUGGUCGCUGAAGAUCACGUAUCCGCAGACGCUGUUCCUGCUGCGCGGCAACCACGAGUGCCGGCACUUGACGGAGUAUUUUACGUUCAAGCAGGAGUGCAAAAUCAAAUACUCGGAGCGCGUGUAUGACGCGUGCAUGGACGCGUUCGACUGCCUACCGCUGGCGGCGUUGAUGAACCAGCAGUUCCUCUGCGUGCACGGCGGCCUCUCGCCGGAGAUACACGAGCUGGAGGACAUCAGGCGGCUGGAUCGGUUCAAGGAGCCGCCCGCCUUCGGCCCGAUGUGCGACCUGCUCUGGUCCGACCCAUUGGAGGACUUUGGCAACGAGAAGAACUCGGACUUCUAUACGCACAACUCGGUGCGUGGCUGCUCGUAUUUCUACAGCUACGCCGCCUGCUGCGACUUCCUGCAGAACAACAAUCUGCUCUCGAUCAUACGGGCGCACGAGGCGCAGGACGCCGGCUACCGCAUGUACCGCAAAAGUCAGACCACCGGAUUCCCCUCGCUGAUCACGAUCUUCUCGGCGCCCAACUAUCUCGACGUGUACAACAACAAGGCGGCGGUGCUCAAGUACGAGAACAACGUGAUGAAUAUUAGGCAGUUCAACUGCUCACCGCAUCCCUACUGGCUUCCCAACUUCAUGGACGUGUUCACAUGGUCGCUGCCCUUCGUUGGCGAGAAGGUCACCGAGAUGCUGGUGAACGUCUUGAACAUCUGCUCCGACGAUGAGCUCAUGACCGAGGAGAGCGAGGAGCCGCUCUCCGACGACGAGGCGGCGCUGCGCAAGGAGGUCAUCCGGAACAAGAUCCGUGCCAUUGGCAAAAUGGCCCGAGUCUUUUCAGUGCUGCGCGAGGAGUCCGAGUCAGUGCUCCAACUCAAAGGCCUCACGCCGACGGGCGCCCUACCCCUGGGCGCCCUCUCCGGCGGCAAGCAAUCCCUCAAGAAUGCCAUGCAGGGCUUCUCGCCCAAUCACAAGAUCACCUCCUUUGCGGAGGCCAAGGGCCUGGAUGCGGUCAACGAGCGUAUGCCGCCGCGACGCGAUCAACCCCCAACACCCAACGAGGAUCACCAUCAUCAUAGUCAAGGCAACAACGGAGCGGCGCAUGGGUAAACGUCUGUUAAGCCAAGCGAGCGUGAAAGAGAGAGACAGAGAGGGCAAACGCAAUGAUUACUCCACGAGGGCUCUGGUCUCGAUCUCGGUAUCACUAAAUAAUGUUAUUUGUGUUUUGUUGUUGUUGAUGAUGUUGUCGUUGGUGUGAUUUGUCGCAGUGUUAAGGAUAAUGCGGUGUGUCGGUUGUAAAUGCCCGAUAAAGUUUUUCUAGUGGACACAUGCCACAUUCUCUUUCUCACUCGCGCUUAAGCACUCUCUAACAAACAACACAGACAGGCACACACACACAUACACAUGGAGCAAGUAAAAUAUCUACAAAAAUUUAUAAACAUAAUGUUGCAAAGAAUUGUCGUUUUAGCUAAAAUUCAUUCUUAAUAACUGUAAUACACUUGCAUUAAUGUUAAGCCGAAAUUUAGGGGCGAAACCAGAAUUGAAAUUAUUGAAAAAUGAACUAUUAUAACUAUUU